AUGGUUGACAACGAAGGUUGGAUGGAGAAGCCGAAUUCAGAGCCUCUCACGCGAUGCAAUCAAUACACAUCACGUGCAGUCAACAUGUUUGGCAACAAUUCAAAUCAGGAGGAGGCUCUUGAUGCACUGUUGGAAGAUUUUUCGGUGGAUGAAUCCUCGCAAACUUUUUUGGAUCUUUUUCGACUUAAUCUGGUGGGUGUAGAGCGUAUCAUUUUCAUUACCCUCUGCUCGUGCAUGGCUUCAGUUGGCUUGAGUGCCAACUGUUGCAUCAUCUUGGCAAAUGUUCUCCAUCGUUUGCGAUACAGCCGUGAAAACGAUUUCUAUACCGGCCGGGCUCGCAGCCUGUCACGCAUAUCCGUUGUUGGAGCCAAUCCCUUCAAGGUGAACAUCACACCACAGAAUCGGUUCAGCUACUUCAGUGCUCUGUCCGGUCAAGCCAAAUUUAGAUACUCUCACGUUAUCUUUGCGAUAGCCAUAUUCAGUCUUAUUUCUUGCGCAGCUUUUGUACCUCUUGUGGUGCUGAAUGUUUGCGGUGGAACUUCCAGUGCAGACGCAGACAACUGGAUCGUGCUGAUCUGCUUAGCAUGGAGCGUUUUUCAGAUUCUCUUUAUGACAGUCUUCUUCUUCGUAAACACAACUAUUCAGUUUCUUAGUCUCGUGUUUCCUCUUACCUUUAAAUUACAACGUAAUCCACUUUGGGGCACCUUCCUCUUGAUAGUGGUUGUCUGUGGAGUUCACGCAUCUCUCACUGUUGUGGUAAUCUUCAAACAACUUUUCCAAACGCUGUAUGAAAUUGGAGCAGGAAAGAAGAACACUAAGUUAGAGAACAGUAUAACUCAAAUUCAACUUGUUUUAACACUUCCGCUGGGUGUAUUUGUCGUUACUUGGAUUGCUACGAUUAUAAUGUAUGCAGUUAUAGUGAAACACAUUCACGUGGCCAUUAUUACGGUCUCCAGAAUUUCUAUACAGCCUGAUGAACACCGCUCGUCGAUUGGAAGUGGACAAUCAACGCACUCAAGUCUCUGGCAGACAGUGGUGAGAAAGAACUUCCACAAAUGCCUCAUUCUAGGCGCAGGGACUCUCACUUUCUACAUCAUGGAGACGCCUACUUUUCUAGUGGUGUACAACCUCUUACCACCUAGCUCCUGGGUGUUGUUGGCUCAUCUAUCGGUUCACGCUAUCACUCCGCUGCUCCACAUUAUGCUGAGUAAGAGUUUUCGAAGCGCUCUUGGCAGAAUGCUGCGCCCGCGGAGAGUGGACAGUUCCAUUGCUGUUUUAUGGUAA